AUGCCCACCGGAUCCUGCCUCUGCCAAACAGUCAAAUACGAGUACGACGUGGAACCCGCCUUAAAGGCCGUCUGUCACUGCCUCACCUGUCGCAAGCUCAGCAGUGGCAGCUCCGCGAAUGUACUUAUUCCGGACAACCAUUUCCGAAUCACAUCUGGUUCCCCCAAAACGUUCUCUAUGAUCCAUGAGAGCGGGAUGCACUUGACGACGCAUUUCUGUGAGAACUGUGGGAGCUUGUUAUACAAGACGGGCGAUCGCGAGGAAUUUAAAGGAUCAGUCAUUGUUUUGGCCGGGACGUUGGAUCGUGCGGAAGAUUUUGAGAAGGCUAAGCCGGACGCGGAGCUUUUUGCUAAGCAUCGGGUGGGAUGGUGGCCUCGCCUGGACUUUGCGUCGCAGAUGAAUAAUUUUGAUUAG